AUUGGUUGGGCCGAACCAGCUCGUCCCAGGCCCGGCUCGGCGGCCCACACAGACACAAGCACACACUCGCCGUCGCCAUCGUCGUCGUCGACCAGGUUGGCCUUCCGCCGCGACGAGAUCCGCGCCACCACCCCGCGCGGGGAGACGCUCCACCUCCACGGCACCGGCGAGAGGGCUGCGCCCCACUUCUCUGAUCUGUCUGCCCCCCGAACUCGUCGCGCCGCCUUCUCCUCCUCCUGUUCCUAUGGCGGUGGCGGGAGGGCCGCGCUUGCUCGCCGCCGCUUGGAUCUUCGCCGCUGCCGCCGCAUCGUUGCCGCUUGAGCAGGCAGGUAGAAGCCAGAAAUCCAUCAAUUGUAUGCCCUGCUCUAGGACGUACAUUGGCGAUGCAUAUCUCCACACCUUGACUGACCACGCUCACCAUCGUGGCUUAGCUGAAAUGUCUGACUCUGAUGAAUUGUGCGAAGGACUUACUGAUGAUGUUGAAGUGCCUACACUCUCAGAACUGCAGCGGCAACUGGUUGGUGAAGGUUCUCACCGUCAUUUAGUCUAUUCUGUGAAAUUUAGUGCCUGUCAAGAUGCUAUGGUUAAUUUCCUUAAUGGCUAUGAUGCCUGUCUGGUGAUAGUUGAAAAGCUCCCGAAUGGGGUGUUUGCUGACCCAUUUGAGCUACAGCAUUUUGUUGAGCGCAAAGUUUUCCUUGAUGUUGCUGUUUUUGGAGACACCAACCUUGAACUACCCUCAGCUCUAUCCAACCGGUCAGCCGUCGAGAUUCAUUUUGAUCUCAGGCCAAGCACUUUAACAAACUGUAACAUUGUAAUAGACCUGCCUCUCCAUGCUAGAUACCCGCCUCUUGAUGCCAGUGGGUAUGCAACAGUUGAGUUUGGUAGCCCAGAUCUGUUCCUACGCUACAGAAAAAAGGAAACCGAUUCCGAUUCCUGUUUGUGGGUGCUUAAGAAUCUCGAAGCUGCACCUGUGGAGAAAGCUGCAUGGCGGAUACCAUGUGGAGAUGAAGUACGCAUAGGAUUUGUAUCUAACAUCACCUUUCUCUCUGCUCUUGUUUGCUCCAUGUCCAUUGUCCUAGCAACUCUAAUUUUUUGAUGUCUUAUGCAACACGGUGUAGGUCACCUUCUGUCUUAAGAAUGUUCGAAAUUUUUUCUCCAUGUAUCCACGCAUCAUUGUAGUUGUAGCUGAAAACAUCUGUUAGCAAAACAGUUUUGCCAGUAAGUAUGCAGGAUAUAGUAUUUUCUUAUACUUGAGGCACUGUGCUGAA